UUCUCUACGUGCAAGCUGUUUUAUUGUAUACGCGAAGACCCACUUAGGCAACAAAUGAAUGAAAAUUAAGCCGUUUUGAAGGUGAAGUUUAUUUUUGUUUUUUUUUCUAGUUAAGCGUCCUAUUAGCUGUGGAGAAAGCCGUAGCUAAGUUUUGAAUGAGAGAAAAACGCCCGAGGACCACAAAAUAGGCAGGUGAGCUACUGAAUUGAAAUGCUAUCCCGACUUGUACAACGAAUCCAAAACGUCCACAACGCCAACUAGUAGCGACCAACAACUGGAAUAGUACUAGCUACCCCCCCCCCCCUCCACCCCCCGUAGCGAGCAACGUCGUUAGCCUGGCGAUAACAAAAGGAUUGAAAGUUGAAAGAUAUAUUAUCAACGGAGGGCAGAGGAAAGGAGGAGAGAACGGAGUAUGCCCUCGGUGAUGGAGCAGUCGGGGAGCGGCGUUCUGUCUAGGAGCAGGGCUAAAACCAAUGGAAACAACCAGCACUCGGAGGAGGACAGCAGCGAUGAGGAGCACGCUCACGACAGUAUGAUUCGAGUGGGAGGAGACUACCAGGCACAGAUACCCGAGUUAAACCCAGACACUCCAAGCCGCUACAAUGAGAAGGAGCAGAGGAGUAUGCUGGUGUGGUGCCCCAACAGCCUCAUCUCUGACGCCAUGUUGGAUGAGUAUAUUCUGAUGGCUAAAGAGAAGCAUGGCUACAACAUGGAACAGGCCCUGGGGAUGCUGCUGUGGCAUAAACAUGAUGUGGAGUGUUCCCUUGCUGACCUGGCUAACUUCACUCCCUUUCCUGAGGAGUGGACCGUAGAGGACAAGGUCCUGUUUGAACAGGCCUUCAGCUUCCAUGGCAAGAGCUUCCAUCGUAUACAACAGAUGCUGCCUGAUAAGCUGGUCUCAGGCCUGGUCCGGUACUACUACAGCUGGAAGAAGACCAGGACCAGAACCAGUGUUAUGGACCGACAGGCUAGAAGACUGGUCAGAAAGACAGACAAGGAAGAUGGUAAUGAUGAGAUAGAGGGAGACCCGGGCAGCGACAGCGACUUUGAGAUCGACACCAAGAAAGAGACAGUGAAGCAGCAGAGCUCCAGUGGUUCUGGAGGAGAGAGGGGAGCGCCAGGCCGGUCUAACCCACAGAGGAAGGAGUCUGUUGGGGCUCAGUACCGCCACCACCCCCUGAGAGCUCGUCGGAGACCACCUAAAGGCAUGCAUCUGAACCCCAAGGACAUCAUGGCUGUGUCAGCCAAUCACCACCAUGGCUCUGGCAGACAGCUAGACACACACCUGGUGUCACUCAAGAGACGGGUCCAGAGUAUUAAGCAGAACAACAGUAGUAUGAAACACUGUCUAGACGAGGGCAUCGACAACCUGCGUCCUACAGGGCCAGCUCACAAGAUGAACUCUCGUUGGUCCACUGAGGAACAGCUGCUGGCUGUGCAGGCUAUCCGUCGCUAUGGCAAGGACUUUGCGGUGGUUGCCGAGGUAAUCGGCAACAAAACUCUGGCCCAGGUGAGCUCCUUCUUCGUUAGUUACCGACGGCGAUUCAAUCUGGACGAGGUCGUCAAGGAGUGGCAGGCGGAACAAGACGUAGCCUCCACACAGGGGCCUUGUGGGAGUCGUAGUAGGAACGAAGAGAGGGGAGGAGCAGAGGAGGAGGAAGAGAUAAAGCUAGAAGACGUUACUCCCCCCGGCGGUGACGCCAACUCCCCCUCUCCCCCCUCAUCCAACAACCACACCCCUCCUCCUUCCCUCUCCCAGCCUCCCCCCUUACUGCGCCCGGCUCCCCCCUCUGCCCCCCCCAGCCUCCUCCGGCAGCCCCCUCCGCUCCAGACCCGACCCCUCCAGACCCGAACCCCCCACAAUCAUCCCCCUCCCCCGUUGAUCCGUCCUGCAGUUGCGACUCCGGGCCAACAGGGGAGCUCUAGUCACCGUAGGGAACUAGGAAACAACCUCCGCUCCUCUCCUCCUGCUUGCUCUGGCGCUGGUCAGCCUCCCUCACUGGUAGGGCUCAAAGUAGAGCAAACCAACUCUCACUGACAGAAAGGAGGGGACUCUUGUAUAUUUAGGGGGGGGGGGGCUCUUGUAUACUCAGACGGGUAGAUUGUGCUGCUAGUGGAGUGUUUAUCCAUUAUGGUGGAACAAUAGACAUCAGAAUGCAGUAGUUGAAUUCAAAGCCUCGCCAGUCUGUUAUGUUCAGAAGCCUCUCGUUAAGUCCUCUCUGUAUCACUCCGUUCUGACUCACACUCUUAACCAACGACACAACCUGUGAAUAACCAUACUUCCAUCUGAGGCUUGGGUCAUCCAUCCUUCUGUUCCCGCCCCCCCCCUCUUCUCAGCAGAAAAUAGAAGGACAUGCCCACACAUGCCUCACGGCUGUCUCCGUAGCAGCCAGCACAGAUGUGACUGGUUGGCAACGGUGACCCUGUAUUUCACCCAUCCCUCCUCCCCAAAGAACAGAACUUUCAGAAUACCAAAACCCUCAAGGAAAAAAAUACACUGGAUUGUGGUGAUGGAUGCCAUGACAACAGAACCCCACACACAGUCUCCAUGGCAACAACAGAACGAACUCUGGCAAAACACACCCAGGUUCCACUUCCACACUACAAGGUGCUGAACUAAUGAUUCCACAGGGGAAUCAGGAAGACAUCCCUCUUCUACCAAAUCCACGUAUUGUUGGUCUUAUGACUGCAGCAUUCUUUUGUUAGGUGAUCUCUAAGUAGGUAGACAUUCCUAUAUAGUGCACUACUUUGGAUCGGAGCCCAUUUUGACCAAAUCCCUAUAGAUCCCGGUCCAAUGUGGUGCACUACUUUGGAUCGGAGCCCAUUUUGACCAAAUCCCUAUAGAUCCCAGUCCAAUGUGGCGCACUAUAAAAGGGAAUAGGAUGUAAUAUGUAAUCCAAGGCCCAUGCAUUUCUCCAUUCUAAGUAGCAUGCUAUAUGGAACAGAGACCUGUUUUUGAUUAAAAGCACAAAAAAAUACUGAGUCUCAAAUGGCAGCUCUAUUUAGCGCUGGUUACAGUUGUGUGCUAUGUAAGGGAUAGUACUGUACAUACUGUGCAAUUCACAGGUGUCUGAGAACAAAGUGUGAAGCUGAACUACUCGUAGGGCUGGAUUCAAGCCGUAUGGAGGGAAGAUCUGCAUUACAAAGUCAUUUCUGAGGCCUCCCGAGUGUCGCAAGGCAGUGCUAGCUGUGCCACUAGAGAUCCUGGUUCAAGUCCUGGCUCUGUCGCGGGCGGCACACAAUUGGCCCAGCGUCGUCCGGGUUAGGGAGGGUUUG